UGAUUGCAAUGGGAAUUAUAAAUCCCACCCACACCCCCCACCAUCACCACCACCACCUCAAGUCGGUCCUAACAAAGCCUCUGCCAUGUAACGUGAAAGCAGUGCGACAAUGUGGAUGGUCUCAGUGCCCCUCUGCCUCCUCUGGCUGACAGGUAAAUGCCUUGGUGUGCAAGUAACUCUUUCGGAGUAUAAGAAGGUAGCCAUGCUGUUCCAGCCUGUUGUCCUGCAGUGCAAGUACACCACUACCUCUAACCAGAAGCCAGUGGUACAGUGGCGUUUCAAGUCUUACUGCCAGGACCGCACCAAAGAUGCCUUCCGUAUCCAGAGCAUAGCCACACACGUGUUCGAUCCGCAGAACCCAAAGAACCUCAACUGGGAUCCGUACCUGGACUGCGCUGACAACAGUCGAACUGUCAGAGUUGUGGCCUCAAGUCAGGGUUCUGCAGUCACCUUAGGAGAAUAUUACAAGGGACGGGAGAUUACCAUCAGCAACAAUGCAGAUCUCCAGAUUGGGAGGUUAUAUUGGGGUGACAGUGGAGUUUAUUACUGCUCAGUUAUCACUUCAGAUGACAUUGUGGGUAAUAGCGAACAAAGAAUGGAGCUGCUUGUGAUGGGCAGGAGUGGAGUGGUUGCAGAUCUGUUGCCAGGUUUUGAUGUAGAGUUUAUGCCAGAGUGGGCAUUUGUUGGUCUGGUGGGCUCGGGCACUUUACUUCUCCUUAUCCUGUUUGGUAUUUGUUGGUGCCAGUGCUGCCCUCAUACCUGCUGUUGCUACGUCCGCUGCCCUUGCUGUCCAGAGUCCUGCUGCUGCCCUCGAGCCUUGUACGAGGCUGGGAAGGCAAUAAAAGCUGGGCACAAUAUAGCAGCCUACCAGCCAUAUUGCAUUCCCAGUGUUUCAAGGGUACCAAUUCCAAUUACAUCAACUGUAAUGGAUACAAAUGCCCCACCACCCACUCAGCUUGUGGAGAACGAUGUUGGGGGAUCUGUACGAAGCGGAUACCGGAUUCAAGCCAACAAAGAGCAAGAUUCCAUGAAGGUUCUUUACUAUGUGGAGAAGGAGCUGGCAGAGUUUGACCCCUCUCGGAGAAAGUUUGAGAAAUCCAGCACUAUCUCCGAGCUGAGCUCGCUGCAUGAGCAGGACACUGAUUUAAGGCAAGUGUUGCGUCAGGCACGAAAGCCAGCCCUGCCCACCAUCUGCGACCAAGAGGAGUCUGGAAUCAGAGCUGAGCUGGCACGAAGGUCUGGACGUUUCAGUGGCAGAGAAAAGAGAGACGAUGAUCGCCACAGCCACAGGUCGAGGUCUCGAUCUUGUGAAAGGCAAAAGAUGGAAUUUCAUGACAAGGGACAAUCAAGGUCGAUGAACGAGCUGGAGGAUUUUGCUGAAUCAUAUCAUUGCAGGGGGAGGAGGGGUAACUCCCAAGAGCCAAAUUGGGAGAGAAAGGAUGCGGAUAGAGGAGAAUAUUACAGAGCGCUCAGAGAUCGGUAUCAUGGUCAGGACUGCUCUUCGGAUGACUAUUACAACAAAAGAAGUCGAAGCAGGAGUGAUGUGUACGAUGGUGACAAAGGACAUGCUUAUAAUAAUAGGAGAGAGAGGCGGGAGGAAUAUCCACUGAGAUACACGCAUGACGGUGACGGAGCCUAUGACGAUGCAUUCAUCAAUAGUAUUCUGGAGAGAAAAGCCAAUUGCAGGUCUUACGAUGAGAGCUACUGCAAUGAAAUACCUUCCCAAAGUAGCAGCAGGCGAGGUAAUGACUAUUACUAUGAGAAACCUUCAAGCUAUAGGGCAGAAGAGGAAGAGAUUUUGCCUCCAUACAGUGAAAUGCAGCUGCAGAGAGCCAGACCAGAGAAUCUGGCAAUAAGGCCCUACUAUCAACAAAGAGAGAAUGACAGAAAAGAACAAACAAGACAGAAGAAAAUGAAUCAGUUCCCCGCCAGAGAUGCAUUGGUGGUGUAAAGUCCCUGAAAAGAAUUGUGGAAGGCUUCUAUUUCCAAGGUUGUACUCUGUGAGAAAAGGAAACGCCAUGGAUUUCAAACCCCAGGGAAUAUGAUGGGUUUCAAUGCAGGGUCGCUACAUGAAUGAGGAAAUGGUUUACAAAGUAAUGGGAGCUGGCUGCUGCAGUACAAGUCCUCUAGUGUUACAGCCGAUUGGUUUACAUGUAUAUUAUUCAGUAUUAACAUGGCAGCUUUGAAACCUGCCAUAACCAGCAUUAUGGUUGGUGCUUACCUCCCAAUAUUGUGGAAAACCUUUUAUGUACCUGUUUAUUGUUCCUCACAGUGGAGUGUGCUUAUCUUACCCCAUUUGUGCCACAAACCAUUUAUCAUCAUAAAGUGUUAACACACCA